AGGGGGCACAAGCGGCUGCUGAAGGCGCCUACUACAUUCAGGGAGACUUUAGGGUUUCCAGAUAUCCGCCAUGAACAAUGAAAAGAAAUUGUGAAAUUAGAAAGCUCGUCCCUCGAACCGGAAGAGCCAAAGGACUUCCGGGGUCACGUGGUGCACAAGUGCCAAAGGGCCAAGAUGAAAUAAAAGCGCGGGCUCCCUUCUGCGCCUUUAAAAUACGACGUGGUGAAGCUGGAAAGCUGCCUUAAGGAGGCUCCCUCUCCGUUUCUUUCACGUCUGCUCUCCCUGCUGUUAGCGUGAUCGCCGUAUUCUCCGCGGUGGUUACGGUGAUCGAUUUGGCCGGGUUAGCCGACUUCCGCCCGCGUCCAAGAUGGCGAUUAAGCGGCCUUCAUAACCUUUACGGGGCUGGGCAGUGUUGACGCGGGAGCUGGCAGGGGGUGGAGCGGUUAGUAAACAGCAAAUGCGGGAACUGCUGGGCCGGAGUCAGCCAUGGACUGGAAAGAAAUUCUUCGCCGGCGGAUAGCGACGCCCAACAACGGUCCAAACAGUGAAGAAAGCUGUGCACCAGUCUCAUGGUUCAUGAUGGAAGAAUGGCUAAAUGAGAUGGCCAUCUGCCAGCAGCAAGCGGGUUGGGUAAUAGCACCCUGAGAAAAAAAAAGUGAACAAGAAUUAAAAGAUGAAGAAAUGGAUUUAUUUACCAAGUAUUACUCAGAAUGGAAAGGAGGUAGAAAAAACACAAAUGAAUUCUAUAAGACCAUUCCCCGGUUUUAUUAUAGGCUGCCAGCUGAAGAUGAAGUCUUACUACAGAAAUUAAGAGAAGAAUCCAGAGCCGUCUUUCUGCAAAGGAAAAGCAGGGAACUGUUAGAUAAUGAAGAAUUACAGAACUUAUGGUUUUUGCUGGACAAGCACCAGACACCACCCAUGAUUGGAGAGGAAGCAAUGAUUAAUUAUGAAAAUUUUUUAAAGGUUGGUGAAAAAGCUGGACCAAAGUGCAAGCAAUUUUUCGCAGCGAAAGUCUUUGCUAAACUCCUUCAUACAGAUUCUUAUGGAAGAAUUUCCAUCAUGCAGUUCUUUAAUUAUGUCAUGAGAAAAGUUUGGCUUCAUCAAACAAGAAUAGGCCUCAGUUUAUAUGAUGUUGCUGGACAAGGGUAUCUUCGGGAAUCUGAUUUAGAAAACUACAUAUUGGAACUUAUCCCUACUUUGCCACAAUUAGAUGGGCUGGAAAAAUCUUUUUACUCCUUUUAUGUUUGUACAGCAGUUAGGAAGUUCUUCUUCUUUUUAGACCCUCUAAGAACAGGGAAGAUAAAAAUUCAAGAUAUUUUAGCAUGCAGCUUCCUAGAUGAUUUAUUGGAGUUAAGGGAUGAGGAACUGUCCAAGGAGAGUCAAGAAACAAAUUGGUUUUCUGCUCCUUCUGCCCUACGGGUGUAUGGCCAGUAUCUGAAUCUUGAUAAGGACCACAAUGGCAUGCUCAGUAAGGAAGAACUCUCCCGCUAUGGAACGGCAACCAUGACCAAUGUCUUCUUAGACCGUGUUUUCCAGGAGUGUCUCACUUAUGAUGGAGAAAUGGACUAUAAGACCUACCUGGAUUUUGUUCUUGCAUUAGAAAACCGAAAAGAACCUGCAGCUCUGCAAUAUAUUUUCAAAUUGCUUGACAUUGAGAACAAAGGAUAUCUGAAUGUCUUUUCCCUUAAUUAUUUCUUUAGGGCCAUACAAGAACUAAUGAAAAUCCAUGGACAGGAUCCUGUUUCAUUUCAAGACGUCAAGGAUGAAAUCUUUGACAUGGUAAAACCAAAGGAUCCUUUGAAAAUCUCUCUUCAGGAUUUAAUCAACAGUAAUCAAGGAGACACAGUCACCACCAUUCUAAUUGAUCUGAAUGGCUUCUGGACUUACGAGAAUAGAGAAGCCCUUGUUGCAAAUGAUAAUGAAAACUCUGCAGACCUUGAUGAUACAUGAUCUCUCAAAGACUAGACUGUAUUCAUUAAAAUAAGCUUGAAUGCCGCAUGUAAAACCUUUGAAGCAGAAUCCUUAGAAAUGGUCUAAAUAAAACACUUCAUGUGUCUAUAGAACACAGCAAAUGUUCUGGUUAUUGGAAUUUUGGUUGUAGUGGUCUGGAAGAAAUGGGACCAAAUUAGGAGUCAGUAAAUUCUGGUUUCACUUAGCUCAAAUAUGGCAAGUGUGAUCUGGUGAAGGUAGGAGUCCACUUUAAAUCUGUAUAAUCUUUAAAAAUAAAGGAAGUUUUAAUGGAAUAGUUCUGACAUUAGUCACUAAGAAUUUGAAUACUUGAAAGAUGAUAGUUUAAAUUAUAUCAUUUAACCUUGAAUAUUCUAAAGUAUUAUGUAUAUCAAAGAUUAUAGACUUCCCCAUUCAUCAGAGUAGGGCCAUUUCAUUUCUGGGAAGUAUUUGGACAUGAUAUUUAUUUUAAGAGAAUGUUUCAAUAAAAAGUAUUCAAGUUAGUAUUUUACUUUAAUUAAAAUCAUUGUUAUAAAAAAAA